GGAAGACCAAGACGCGAGGAAGAAAAAGUCUUCGUCCUCUGGAACAAAGACGAAAGGUAGUACCACGCCGAAUGAGUCUUCAAGCAAAGCUCCAGCUGCAGACGCAACGAAGAAGGCCAGGACUUCCUCGUCUACGGGAACCACCUUCCUGUUCCCACUUUUAGCGCGUGCGAAGAAGAUCAAGGAUUAUGGGCUCGUAGGCUGGUCUCAGAGUACGGUUGCAAAGGAUGUGCUCGAUCCAACAAGUUCGACUUUAUCGGCCGAUGCUGGUGCGCGUGCGGAGGAUGAGUUGCUGCAGGCAUUCGGAUGCAAAUUUGAUUGGCAACACUAUCCUGUGGUUCGCGUCACAGAAGUUGUGGCUAGUCACGAAAGAGCCGGAAAAAGUGGCGUUGCGCGUGGUGAUGUUUUGCUAAAAGCAGUGGAUUUCACAAUGGAGCCAGGCAAUAGAUUCAGUAAUGCGGCGGACGUUGAAAUUAAGAAGAUGAAGGGGGGUGAGAAGGUGCCAGGCGUGGACGACAAAAAUGCAGCAUUCAAUUUUGCUCUGCUGUCUCGCGUUCGGGAACACCUUAAAUCGAAGCGUGCGUUUGCGUUUCUUUUUCUUCGGCAGAAAUAUGUACCGCGGUACGUCCAACUCAAAUUGCAGGGGAAACGAUCGGGCAUGACCGUCAGCAAAAGCAAAAUCCGUCAAGUGGCUGGUGGUGCAGAUGCUGCUAACAAAGCGGGUGGUAGUGAUAGUUCUUGGGCAGCGAGUAAAGGGUUGCGGCCAGACGAUGUCAUAGUGGCCAUUAAUGACCAUUUUACGGAAAGCCACAAGGAGAAGGCGGAUGAAGUGCUGCGCAAUCACGACGGAGAAAUCGAACGCCUUAUGCGCGAUCUGAAGGCUGCCAAGAGUGAAGAGACACGGAGCGCACUACAGCGUGAAGUCAAAAACUCUCCCUCCUUGCGACUGCUCAUAAGGCGGAAUACAGAAGCAUUUUCGUCAGAGACACUAGUAAUGGAUGAGCACUAUUCACUGUGGACCGCUGGCGCUGGUUUCUAAAAGCUAGAAAUUUGAAACACGAUAUUGACAGUUCAAUUUGUUCAUUAGAGAAUCAGGGAUCUUUGUAGAGCUUGGAUCAUCAUGAGGAGUUCCAAAUUACCCCUCGUCUGAG